UCAGGAAAAGGCGCCGCGUUGGAAAAGUGAGUGCUUUUUGGGCGAAGUCUUCUUGAAUGUUAUUUUAUUGUGAGCUAGGCACGGAGGAUAUAGUGAAUGGCGACUGGAGCAGUUAACCGUGUUUGUAAAUGUUUCCUGACAGCCCGGUUCGGUGGGCCGUUCUUCCGUAAAUACCAGAAAGAGCCUAACUAUUUCAGGAUGGCCAGCACUGCUGUCGAGUUCAUUAAGGAUCUUUGUACUCCGGCUUUUGUUGUUGACCUCGAUACCGUGAAGCGAAAUGCAAGUGAGAUGUUGGAUCGCUUCCAGAAGCUCGGAGUGCAGCUAAGGCCUCAUAUGAAAACCCAUAAAACACUUGAAUGUGCCGACAUCAUGACUGGGGGCUCUCGUCGCUGCAUUGUGGUGUCCACUCUGGCCGAGGCAUCUUUCUUUGCUGACCACGGUUAUGAUGACAUUCUUUACGCAUACCCACUGCCUUUCGACAAAGUGGAGCGCUGUGCAGAGUUGUCAGAGAAGCUCUCUUUGUUCCAUGUGCUGGUGGACAAUAGCCUUGCCCUACAGGAACUCAAGAGGAGACCACUGAAGCAGGGCAAAGCAUGGCAUGUGUGGAUGAAACUGGACUGUAACAACGGUAGAGCGGGUGUUCCUCACUCUGAGCCUGCUGCCCUGCAGUUGGCCCAGGAAAUCUCUGAGACAAAGGGGGUAGAGCUUACAGGAAUCUAUGCCCACUGUGGAAACUCCUAUGGCUGUAAGGGGGAGGAGCAAAUCAAGGCUGUUGCCCAAGAAACUACAACAGUCACAUUACAGUUUGUGGAGAAACUGAAAGCUGUUGGAGUAAAAGGUCCUAAAUCGAGCAUUGGCUCCACCCCUUCAUGUAGCCACCCAGUCCCAGACAUGGCUAUGUUAAGUGAGGUCCAUCCUGGAAACUACAUAUUUUACGAUGUGCAGCAGUCACUCAUUGGCUCCUGCAGGCUUGAGGAUGUUGCCGUACGGGUACUGACGAGGGUUAUAGGUCACUACCCACACAGGAACCAGCUACUGGUAGACUGCGGAUGGACCGCCCUGAGCCAUGAUGGAGGAGGACGUUUACCUACAGGUUAUGCCGUCAUCGAGGGGCAUCCGGAACUUAAACUGGUGUCCAUGACUCAGGAGCAUGGCAGGGUGGAGCCCGUCUCUGGAAAGCUGGAUUUUAGUCAGUUCCCUCUGGGCUCAAUGCUCUCCCUUAUGCCGCACCAUGCUUGUGCUACAGCUGCGAUGCAUCCAGUCUACUAUGUACAUUCCAAAGGGAAGAUUGUAGGCACUUGGAAACCCACACGUGGAUGGUAGUAGGCCAAGAAACACACCGUAUUCCUUCGUGGCGAAACUUCUUUUAAGAGUUAUUAUUAAAUGAACUUUAAUCGUUUCAUUAUCAGAAGUUGAUAGUGAAUGACAAUGAUUUAGAGAAUGUGUGAUUAGGCUAACCUGUGUUGGUGACACCUGUCAAUCCUGUAAUCCAAAAUUGCAUGUGAAGUACAAUGCCUAUAAAAAUGUAUUAACACCUGUUGGACUUUUCUACAUUGUAUUGUAUAAUACAGGGGGUAUGAGGAGCAUUCAGGCCUGAUUAUGGAUGGUUAGGAAAUGUUCAAUGGACCUGUAUUGUUAUAUUAUGUGUCAAUAGUGUAUUUUUUUGCAACUCAUCUGCACAGUUCUUUGUAAUGUCAAAGUCAUAAUAUGACCAAAUGUACUAAAAAAUUAACAUUUCACUAAAUUAAAAAUCCAGAAAAUAAUUGAAUA